AAUAGAUAAUUAUUUCAUUGAACAAAAUAACAUUAUUUCAUCAAAAAAUAAUGUUAGUCAGUUAGCGAAGAGAAAGACAGCAUAUUUGGUGAAUACAAGUAAAUGCCGUAUCGUUCGGUGGCCGGCAUUUGAUGACCAAAUUGUCGGCAUUUAUCGAAACAAAACACAAGACCGGAUCCAAUGUAUUCACGCCAAACAACAUAACAUUGAGAUUAAGAGAUUUAAUUUUACUGGUAUUCAAGUGAUCAAUAGGUCUGAUAAACCAAUUGAUUGUUUUACGAGUCAUGUCCUCAGAAAGAAAGGUACCGACGAUAAAGUUGAUUACACGCCAUCGAUAAAGUUUAACUUAAAAACUGGUGUCCAGUACUUUGACAAUAGUGUCGAUUGUGUGAAAAUUACAUGUUUUAUCGAUAAUGGUAGCAAUAGCUACGAAAAGAUAAUACCGUUGAUACCGGACGUUAAGCCGAUGAUGGCCACCAAAGAUGACAAUUUGCCGAACAUAUUGUUUCUGGGAUUGGACUCUAUAUCGCGACUUAACUUUGACCGACAUUUUCCGAUGACAGCAAAAUUAUUGGCCAAACACGGCUUCUAUACGUUGUACGGCUAUAAUAAAGUGGCCGACAAUACGUUUGUCAAUUUGACACCACUAUUGACCGGUCAUUAUUUGGAGGAUAUCUGGAAUGAGACGAUCAGUAAAACAGUUUUUCUCAACUAUUUUCCCUUAAUUUGGAAAGAAUACAGUAAUCGCGGUUAUAAUACACUACUUCUAGAGGACGCACCAUAUAUGGCAACAUUUAAUUACUUAAAAAUCGGUUUCAAUGAAAAGCCGACCGAUUAUUAUUUGCGGCCAUUUAGUCUGGCCAUUGAACCCGAUGUCCACAAUGACUGUUAUUUGGAUAAACCGGAGAUUGAGAUAUAUUAUGAUUAUGUGUACGACUUUGUCAAAGCUAUAAAUGAAAGACAUCAACGGUAUUUUGGGUUUACAUUUCUGGCCCGACUAACGCACGACCACAUCAAUAGCGCCGGUUUGGCCGAUUCGCACGUCCAUCGAUUGUUGGACAAACUAUUCACCGAUAGUUUACUGGCCAACACUGUAGUCGUAUUUUUUAGCGAUCACGGCAUACGGUUCGGCAAAAUUCGUGAGACACUGUCCGGUAAACUAGAGGAACGAAUGCCGUUUAUGCAUAUCUAUCUGCCGGACGAGUUGCGCAACAAAUACGACAAAUCAAUGGCCAUCAAUGAAAACCGAUUGACCACACCGUUCGACAUUCACUCAACACUCAAACACCUGAUUACUGGAAAACAAUUACUGAACAGCGGUUCAAAUGGUGUCAAAUAUGGCAAAACAUUGCUUCAGGAGAUACCCGAAGACCGUAGCUGUCAGAGUAUACCGAUUCUCGAACACUGGUGUUCGUGUCAAUCAAGCGAACCGGUAGCCGAUCUCAACAGUGUUUCAUUUGUUUCACGAUUUAUUGUCGAUAGUAUUAAUCGUUUGUUUGCAACUGAUUUUGUCGACAAAUGCCAACCACUGACACUCCGUCGUACAGUCAGUGCUUACGAACAACAUCUCAACGACAAAGUAUUGCAAUUUGAACAGAGUUUGAACGAUGUUAUGGACAGACACGUUGUCUACAGCCGGAAGCGAACCAAAGAACACAUCAGACAUUAUUUGAUAACCAUUUCGGUUGAGCCGAGCGGUGGACUAUUCGAAGCUACCGUUAAUGUCGAUACCCGUUCCCGACACAUGCAAAUCAUUGGCGAUAUCUCGAGGAUUAACCGAUACUAUAAUCAAUCCGAUUGUAUUGAUAAUCAAUUUGUUCGACGAUAUUGUUAUUGUUUUCAAUGAUAAUUCGUUAAAUAUGAAUAUAUUUAUAUA